AUGAGCGGCGCCACCCCCGCCGCCGCGGACGUGGAGAAGGCCGGCGUGUCGGGUGGAGGUGACACCAGCGCCUCAGGCGGAGGAGGCGCGGUGGGCGCCAUCGUCGGGCGCUGGCGGCGGCAGGACCUCCUGGACAAGUCCGGGUCGGCGCUGCGGGCCGCGGCGUGGGCGUUCUCCCUGCUCGCCUUCCUCAUCAUGGUCUGCAACGAGCACGGCGACUGGAAGCAGUUCGACCGCUACGAGGAGUACAGGUACAUCGUCGCCGUCGGGCUGCUGGCGUUCGUCUACACCACGCUCCAGCUGGUGCGGCACGGCGUCCGGCUCAACGGCGGCCAGGACCUGCAGGGCAAGGUCGGCCUGCUCGUCGACUUCGCCGGAGAUCAGGUGACGGCGUACCUUCUGAUGUCCGCGCUGUCCGCCGCAGUCCCGAUCACCAACCGCAUGCGCGAGGGCGCGGAUAACGUCUUCACGGACUCCUCCGCCGCCUCCAUCAGCAUGGCAUUCUUCGCCUUCGUCUGCCUCGCGCUCUCUGCCCUCAUUUCAGGUUUCAAGCUCUCCAAGCAGACCUACAUAUGAGCCUGGCUGCACUACAUUCCGACUGUGCUUCCUCUGUAUAUUCUCGAUCCGUUCUUGCUGGUGGGUGUUGUGGUAAUACCGUA